AUGCAGGAAAUACCCACACUAAGGCCUUCUGAGGAACAAUUUUUGGACCCUAUUGGGUUCUUGUCUUCGAAUGAGGUGAAGAAGCUUGGGAUGAAGUACGGGAUGAUUAAGCUUAUUCCUCCGGAGUCCUUCAAGCCUGCAUUUAGUAUUGAUGAGGAACAGUUUAGUUUCAGGUGCAGGUUACAGGUUUUGAUGGAGUUAGAUAUUGAGAAUAGAUCGAGGCUUCUUUUCUGGAAACAAUUGAACAAUUUGAAAAGAAGUAAAGGUGACUCCAAGUUGCUAUCGUCACCGCAGGUCAUUCUUGGUCACGGGCAAAUCCUACCUGUCUACUAUUACGACGUAUACAAAGCUGUUAUCGGAUAUUUUGAUCCAAAGAAAGGGAAAAGAACUGGCGACGACAGUUUCAGUUUUAAAUUAAGUUCUACUUCGAGAAAAAGACAAAGAGAUGGAUCCUAUGUCAGCGAAGCUCAAUACAAACUAGUCGAUCCUAAAAUCGUCAUGGAGCAUAAAAGUUGUUGGCAAGAAGUUUCCCUGAAGUUCCCGCAGUUGGACGCAGCGACAACGAAAAAGAUAUUCAAGCUGCACAUUCUUCCCUACUAUCGCUUUUUAUACAAUGAGAUGAUGAAGACGCGAUCCACAAAACACAGUAGUAGCCUGCGCAACAGCGUAUCUGGGCUUUUAUACAACUACGAUUAUCCGAAGUCGUUGCUUGAAAUGUACGAUUCCACGGAGGAAUCGAACCAAAGUCGGGAUCAUAGCCAUUCUGGGAAUGAGCAUGAUAUCUUUAGUGAUGAUCUACCGGAAAGCUUACGAUAUGAUGAAGAAGUUGACGAUUUCAACAUUGAGGAUGAAGAUGAGGAUGAAAAAUGCCCAAUAUGUGUCAAACACGUUCCGACUAAAGUUACGUCUUCUUCAGUAGCAAUAGUGACAUGCAAUUCAUGCGAUUUCAAGUUCCAUAAGAAAUGUCUUGGGAAAAGUACACCUAACUUAGGUUCCAAUGGUCAAGAAUGGAUCUGUAACACGUGUAUUAUUGGGAAUGGAUAUUAUGGGUUUAAGGAACCUUCGUCUUUGUAUACAUUGAAAUCUUUCAAAGAACAUUGCGCUAACUUCGAUGACCAACAAUUUGCUGGAAAUAAACCUAAUGAUAUUGAAACUUUAGAGAAAUUAUUCUGGGAACAUGUUCAAGAAAUGGUACCAAACCCAAUAACUGUCAAGUACGGAGCUGACAUACAUAGAAAUAAACCUGGUCAAACUACCGGGUUCCCAACUAUGGGUUACGUUCCGCCUUUUAUUACAGAUAAAGAAUCUGAUGAAUUUAAACAGUUCUUGAAAGUGAGCUCGCACCCAUGGAACUUAAUCAACCUCCCUAGAGCCAGAGGAUCUCUCCUUUCUAUCAUCAACAGAAAAAUUUCUGGAAUGACCAUUCCUUGGAUUUAUGUUGGGUCUACGUUUUCAACAUUCUGUUGGCACCUCGAGGAUCAAUACACUCUUAGUGCAAACUAUCAGCACAUAGGCUCACAGAAAAUAUGGUAUUCGAUACCAGAACGUAGUACAUCUGCCUUUGAUGAAAUGAUGAAGAAUAUAUCUCCAGACCUUUUUGAAAGGCAACCCGAUCUAUUGCAUCAAUUGAUCACGCUGGUCUCACCGUAUAGUAAACGGUUUGUUGAAGCCGGUAUUGAUUGCUAUAAAGCUAUUCAAAACCCAGGAGAAUAUAUUGUGACAUAUCCGAAAUGCUAUCAUGCAGGUUUCAAUUCUGGAUUCAAUUUCAACGAAGCGGUGAAUUUCACAUUGGAUCUGUGGUUACCAUAUGGGCUACAAUCAAUUAAUGAUUAUAAGGAAACCAAAAGAACCGCUGUCGUCAACCUGUUUGACCUAAUGAGCAAUGUAUUGAACGCCUACUUGAUAAAACCUGAAACAUUUGAUGAUAGUUUUGUAGCCACAUGUGUCCGUGAAUUGAAGGAAUGGUUCAAUACCGAUUUUAAAAACAUGAUGAAAGUGAAAAAUAUCGUCGGUGAAACAAUCUUCUCCACUGGUUGUGAGGAUGCGUACACUAACUCUAGUCUUGAUCAAGAAGGUGGUAGUGAUUCUAUCAAGGAUUCUAAUCAAGAUCCUGGUAGGAGCGUAUCAAAUAAGAAAAAAUUUGAUGAAGACGAAGAUGACGAAGAUGAAGAUGACGACGAUGACGACGAUGACAUCGAUGUUUUUUGCUCAAAAUGCAAAACCAUCUGCCCAGUAGCCUUCAUUGUACAUAACAAUUCGAAACGAUUUCGAAGCAAAAGAAGAAACUUGGCUUCCGCUACACCUGACGAAUGGAAUCAGCUUUCGAAUGAUGGAAAUAUUUCAAUCUUCUGCUUGGAGGAAUAUUUAAAGUAUGUUGAUGAAAAGGAUGCAGAAAACGACGAUGAUAAUGAUGACGCCGGACAGUCAAUUAAUUCUGACGAUCCAUCCGAGGAUGACUUCAAAAACGACGUAAUGGUUUACAUUAGGGAGCCAGAUGAAGUGAGAAACCUAAUAUCUCGAGUAGAACGGGCAUUGGACAGAAGGCUUAGAUAG